AUGCGUUCCAUCACCCUCCUCGCCUUCCUUGUUGCUGCCGUCGUCGCCGUCGUCUCCCCCGCAGUCGAGGGUCCUCCCGGCGCCGCGAUAGUCCCCGUAGCCGAAGCCGUCGUCGCCCCGCCUCCAAACGACGGUCUGCUCGCAUCGGUCAUGUCGGCAGCACCCGACACCCCCGUUGCCGCCGUCGCCGAUGUCCUCCCAACACCAGCCGUCUCGGUCCCCGUCGUCGACGCAGCCACCUCGGCGCUCGUCUCCGCUGUCUCCGCGGCCCCGUCCCUCGUCGCCAGCGCAGUCCUCUCCCUCGCCGACGCGGCCACCUCCAACCUCGCCUCGCGCCUCCCCAAAACCGACUCCCUGAUCCCGACCGCCCUGCCGAGUCUCAUCAGCAGCCCGCUCUCACUCGCGCUGCCGACCGCGCACUGGGGCUCGAACAUGACGAUGACCACCGCGACCGCAACCACCACCACCGCGACGACCUCCGCCGCGCCGACGGAAACGGUGUACCCAGGCGGCCUGGACGACCCCACACUGGACAAGCCGUGCUACAACAGCAGCUGCAACAACCCCGAGAGCGACAUGAACUUUGCGGUGACGCUGAACGUGGAUCCGCCCAAGACGGCCGACGUCGAGGGCGCGGCCGCGGCAAUCAUGCGGCGCAGCGGCGUGGGCUUCGCCGCUCUCGCGGUUGCCGUCGGCAGUGCUAUGGUGCUCCUCUAA